GAGCUCGUCGCGGCCGUCCGCGCUGACAUCGAGCUGAUCGAGAUCGCGGGCUACACGCUGCAGCAGGCCCUGGACAGGUUCCUGACCACGCUGACUGGGGCGCCCCUGGCCCCCCCCGAGGCCGGCCCCCCCCCGGCUGGCGCGCCCAAGGGCGCGCCCGCGGCGGCUCCGGCGGAGGCUGCGGAGGAUGCGCGCGCCAUGGCCCGCGACCUGGUCACGCGGCUGUCCAGCGCGGCGGCGGGCGUCAAACCGGCCAUCCCGGGCUCGUCGGUGAGCUUCGACGUCCAGUUCAAGCUCACCGUCCCGGACGCGAGAACGGUGGCGGAGAGGCUGCGGGACUUCCACGGGCCCGCCGGGCCGCCCAUCCCGGUGCAGAUCCUCGAGGAGGAGGCGGGCCGCCCCUGGCGCCGCCAGGCGGCGUCCGCCUGGAGCGCGGAGAAGGGCGGGGACAGCCGCCUCUUGGUUUUGCGCCUCCGCAUCCCGUGCCGGUCUUCGCUGAAGAAGAACACGGGGGCUUCCGCGCAGUGGUCGCCGACCACGAACCAGGUCGUCGUGAAGGCCGUCAAGCUCAACAUCACCGAGUACGCCGCGCGCUGGGUGGCAGCGUUCGGGCCCGUGAACCAGGUGAGCCCGUCGCCGGGCUCGUUCAUCCCAACGGGGGCGGCGCCGCCGCCAGGCCAGCCGUCCGUGGCGGCCCGGCUGCAGCGGGGGGCAGCGGCGGCGAGGCGCCUGGGGGCGGACGCCGCAGGCCCGGCCGCUUAG